AUGGCUCCGCCAUCGGCUUCGCCAUCGUUGCUACCUCCCGCGAUCAACCUGGUAUCGCCGCCAUCGCCACCAGAAGAAGAAACUAGCAGUUCUGAUGGGCCGUCAUCGGCUCCGCCAUCGGCUUUGCCAUCGUUGCUACCUCCCGCGAUCAACCUGGUAUCGCCGCCAUCGCCACCAGAAGAAGAAACUAGCAGUCCUGAUGGGCGGCCAUCGGCUCCGCCAUCGGUUUUGCCAUCUGUGCUACCUCCCGUGGCCAACCUGUUAUUGCCGCCAUCGCCACCAAAAGAAGAACAAUCUGGUUCGGACAUGCCGCCAUCGGCUUUGCCAUCUGUGCUACCUCCCGUGACCGACCUGGUUUUGCCGUCACCAGUUUUGACACCUAAUGAAGAUUUGACGAAAGUGGAUGUCGCGCAUGACACGCCGUCGAACACCGCUGUGCCAACUGCUACAAGUAUACCGGUACCGGCGACGUCUGAGACAUUGCAGCCGAAGACUGAGACUACGUCGACAGAAAAUACAUUACCUGACACUAGAUCCACCGUCAAACCGUCGAUGGAGUCUCCGUCAACGGAGUCUUCCUCUACUCCGACCAAGAAACCAUCCUUGGAGAAGCCGUCCAAGACGAGUGACCCUAGCGUCUCGUCAGACCUGUCCACUAGCGAAAAUAUAGAGUCACCGGCUCCUGUGGCAGCGCCUCCGAGCGAUUCCGGUGACGCUGAUGGUACGCGCAAGACCGGGUUUGUGAUUAAGACGCCACCAGCGAUUAAGUCACCAAUUGCCAUAGAGACGAACCCGGAUUACGUGGAGGAGCAAAACGUAUCGGAGCAGGACGUAUCGGAGCAGGACGUAUUGGAGCAGAUUGAGCAAAUUCAGUCCGACGUGGUGAUGUAUGAUGAAUCUGCCAAGCCCCUUCCGAUCGAAAACGAUUCGUAUGACCCGUUCGCUAUCCCUGAUAUCAUUGCUUCGACUGAGGCGCCGGUUGUGCUGAACAUCGCGGGAGACAGGGGUAAGGGUGGUUUGGAUGACGUAAUGACUUACGUCCGCGGCAAGACGGCCCUUUCUGAUGAACCUGGUGCUGCGGGUACCAACGUGAUUGGAGGUCGUAACACAUACGUGGACACGGAUGACAACGAAGCACUGUCAGCGUCAGCUGCGGCCUUCCAUGAUUUCUUGCGCUACGCGUCCGUGGCAUUUGCAGGUAUCUCGGUGGCGUUGCUCCUGUUCUUCCACUUUGUUUCGCUUGAUGCCAACCUGUUGUGGGUGAAUGCUGCGUGGAGCCCGAAUACGUGGGAGUUCUUGUUCUACGUCGGCUACUUGCAGCAGAUGCAGGCUGCGUCGGAGCUAACGCUUCUCAAGUCUCCGUACUUUUUGUGGGACUACACGGAUUCAUUUGCGUGGAGCAAUUUCUUGAUUCAGGAUUCGUCCAGUGUCUCGACUGGGUCGCGUCGCCUAGAAACGAUUGUACUGGGUGGCCUUGUAUCGUACGCUGACCGUAUUGGUAUCUCGGAGGGGAGUAUUUUGACGCGGAGCGUCAUUGGAUUUGCCGUGAUUAUGGCCGUCCUCCUGGUCGUCUUCCUGGUGCUGGCUGUGAUGGCCAAGCGUAAGGCAGAGCGCGCACUGGAUGAGUCUUCGGACUUGAAUAACUACACGUCUGGUGUACACCGUCUCCGCAGCGUGUCCAUCCGUGCACUUGGACUGUGUGUGUUGGUUUGGUACUUUGCGCUCUUCCCGCUAAGCAUGCUAUCGUCGUUUGAGAUUUCGAUGCAGGUCCAGGCUUCCGCGGUUGCCAAUGCGCUGGUAGUGGCUAUUGUCGCCCUGGUACUGGUGUGUUUUGGUGUGCUGGCUGUUGCUGGGCGUGUGAUCAUGCACAAGACAAAGGACGAGCUGGAGCAGUUUGAGAACUUGGCCACGUGGGGUUCGCUCUACUGUGAGUACACUUACCACAGCCGGAUGUUUUUUGUGAUCGACGUGGUCGUGCAGAUCACGACCGGUAUCCUCGUAGGCACUUCAGCGGGCGACCCGACUCAGCUGAUUGUCGUCAUGGGUAUUCAAGCGCUGUACUUAGCAUGUGUCUUCAUUUUGUCACCGUUUGCGGAACAAAUGGUGCUUCGCGUUACUUACGCUCUGGGACUGCUCAAGAUCCUGAACUUUGGUCUGGCGUUUGCAUUCCUGAACUCGAACACCAUGUCGGCCGCAGUUCGGACGCACAUGGCUCACGCUUACGUUGGCAUCAACUCGAUUGUGAUCCUGCUCUGGUUUGUGCGCCAGCUCAUCGUUUUCAGUACAUACAUCCGCGCGUGGAUGGUACAUUCCAACAACGAGACUCGCCGCAGCGAGUCGGUGAUCAAGUACGAUCCGCAGACGGAUGCCGAGUCCGACUUGUGGACCAGCCAGUUCAACGGCGGUUUGAACGACAGCAGACUCAACAAUCACGGUGGGUUCAACCAGUCGGGUGCCACACUAUCGAUGCCUCCGGGCUCUUCGGUGAACCCUUCGUCGUCGUCGUCAACGUAUGACCUGAUGUCGACGCAGCAGUCGGUGGCACCGUCUUUCGGAUCGGACGCACAGUCGCAGCAGCAGAUGAUUCGCAAGUACGAGAUUGGUUUUUAG